AUGAUCAAAACUCUAGACAGCGUGAGCAAUCACGAGCACAGACAAAUUAUCGAAAAGACUGGGUAUAAAGUGGAGACUUUAAGAAUCUGGAAAACUGGUAUUCUCAAACAUUCCAUAUCAAACCCAUCUAACGAACAGUUGGAAACAUUUGCAAUGAAUGUGGACGCUGUGUUGGAGAAAUCGAACUUACACAUAGAUAGCAAAAAUGAAAUUAGAGCAAAUUGUACAAGCCAUUUUCUCAACGAGAGGAGGAGAACAUCGAAGCAAGGUAAAGAAACGAAGGAAAACAUAAAAGUGGUCAAUAACAUUAAGAAGAAGAUUAGAGACAAUAAUUUGACAGUGGUUAAGGCAGAUAAGGGAUCAUGCAUGGUAAUUUUAGAUAGGAAUCUUUACAUCAAUAAGGUAGAAGAAUUUAUGAAUGAAAAUGGAUUUGUAAAACUGGAUAACAACCCCACUUCACGACUUAUCAACAAAGUGAAGAACUUCAGAGUUUCUAAAGAGUUUGAAGAUAAGUUUGGUAAAUAUAAGAAUCUGAUUCCUUCAAACCCGAAAAUUCCUAAGUUAUACGGUCUUCCUAAACUCCAUAUGGAUAAUAUACCUAUAAGACCCAUUGUAAGCCUCAUAAAUACUCCUGUCUACAAAAUAAGUAAGUUCCUAAGUGACAAGUUAAAAGAUUUAACAGAGUUCAAACCCACCUAUAGUAUAAAGAAUAGUGGUCAAUUGGCAGAGUCAUUGAAGAACUUACAAAUUCGGAGGGUGCUAAACUGA